UGAUGUAAUAUUGCUUCAUUGGCAUCCUCCCAUGACCCUCUACCACUGUGCCAAAUUCUGAGGAGAAAAAUGUGGAACAGACAUGCAGACAGAGUUUUUGUAAUUAUAUAGUAAGAUGUGCAUUGAGGCUGUGUCCAUGACCUCAUAAAGGUAACUGUAUUUGACUCUGUUGUGUAAAGACUGAAUUAAUAUCAAUUAUCUACUAAAAAACAACCUGCCUACAGGUGAGAGGUGCUGGUGGGUGGACUGUUUUUACCCUGGACAGAGUCAGGUCAGGUCAGUUCAUGCUGUAGCUUAUAUUUAAUGUAAAUAUGAGAGUGGUGUUUAUCUUUUUAUCUCAUCCUCAACAAGAAGGCAAAUGUGUAUUUCCCACAAGGUUAUUCUAACUCUUUGAAGGGACCAUUCACACCAAAAUCAGAAUCACACAUUCUCCCUCUUACCUGUAGUACUGUUUUUCAGUCUAGAUUGAUUUGAUUGAGUUGCAGAGUGUUGGAGAUACUAAGUACCAAGUACCAAAAAUACAUUUGAAAAACUCAACAGCAGUGUCUCUUUCCAUAAAUCAUGACCAGGUUAUUCAAGAUAAUCCACAGACGUUGUUACAGCCAAUAUCUCCAACACUCUGCAACUCACACCAAAGCAAUCUGGAUAAAAUGAGACAACAGGUAAGAGGACGAACAUGUACUUCUGAUUUGGGUUGAAGUGUUUCUUUAAAUGUCUUACAUCUAACUUGAACAGUGUGAAUUAGUAUCUAGCAAUGUCCCUGCCUCUCUCUGUCUCUCCUUUAUCAAGGUGUUUGCUAUCACCAGUAACACCAGUGACUGCAGUGUGAAGCAUGAGUCUAUGUUUGCUUUGUUUAACAUUCCUCCCUCCCCUUCAACCCGUGCCAAGAAGGCAGCAGUAAUAAGUGCUAUAUUAAAGAGCCUUUGUGCCUGACGUGCUCACUUCAGUUUGUAUCCAAGCCAUCUGUAUUUGAGCACUCAGCAGAGUGUCUGCCACAUUUAGGGGCCUUUUUGGGGCUUCUUUUAUUUCGAGGUGGUCCAGGCUAACAUCUGAAACAACAUCAUGAACUGGGCCUUCCUCGAGGGCCUCCUCAGCGGGGUGAACAAGUAUUCCACAGCGUUCGGUCGCAUCUGGCUCGCCAUCGUUUUCAUCUUCAGGCUCCUGGUCUUCCUGGUGGCCUGUGAGAAGGUCUGGGGUGACGAGCAGAAGGACUUUGAUUGCAACACCCGGCAGCCCGGUUGUCACAAUGUCUGCUACGACCACUACUACCCCAUCUCCUACACCCGACUCUGGGCUCUCCAGCUGAUCUUUGUCACCUGCCCAUCCCUUCUUGUGACGCUCCACGUGUCCUACCGGGAGGAACGUGAGCGCAAACAUCGGCUGAAGCAUGGAGAAGAUUGUGUCCCUCUGUAUGAUAACAUGGAGAAGAAGCGAGGGGGUCUGUGGUGGACCUACUUCCUCAGCCUGCUGUUUAAGAUCAUGGUGGAUGGUGUGUUCGUCUUCCUGCUGUUCUACAUCUACGAGGCCACGUUCUUCCCACCGCUGGUGAAAUGCAACAUAGAGCCAUGUCCCAAUGUGGUGGACUGCUACAUCGCCAGGCCGACAGAGAAGAAAAUAUUCACCGUCUUCAUGGUGGUGACCAGCUUUGUGUGCAUCUUCCUCACUUUCUGUGAGGUCCUCUACCUGUGUGGGAAGAGGUUCUGGGAGUGCUGCGGAGGAGGACAGAGCGCGCUGAGAGAAAACUCCUUCAUGAUGACCAGAACUGGGAGAGAGAACUCUCUGUUCAAAGAGCCGCUGCCGGAGAAGAUGAAGAUGGUCGACAACGGCAUAGCAGGCGCUGCAAAGGAGAGUUCAGCCCCAGCGUACAGCAUAGCAGUCUCCUGAGAUACAUGAGUCUUGUUAAUGAGCUUGACCUGUGAGAAUAGAGCUAUGUUUGGUAGCUUCUGUACUGUUCACCACAUUUGUUUACAAAGGUCAUCUGUUUUUACAUCACAAUUAUGUAACAUGUUUGUCCCAUUAUACUGUUGCCUUUUUAAAAGUUUGUGAUCCAAAAUAACUGAUGCACACAAAAAGUGAUUGACUGUACUUUUUCUAUUUAUACGAUUAUUUGUUACAUUACAUCAUUUUGUUGUCUGCAUGGCCACAUAAUAAAAUUGCUUUACCCAUUCUGA